AUCGGAGUCUCUCUCACACACACAGAGAGACACACACACACUCACACACACACACAGAGAGAGAGAGAGUUUCGUAACUUAGGGAAGUUUUGUGGAGCCAUCGAUCACUGGACCGUCUUGUUUUUUUCCUGAGCCUGAUGUCAGUGACACCGCGCAGAGCUGAUCGUCGCCUGCGUCACUUUUUCUGCGGAGUUGCUUCAUUCAGUUUCUGACUGAAAGGGACCUUCUGCCGUCCAGCAAGGCAGCUGUGAAACCACCGUCUCUCCAACAGGAAUAGACUGUAUACUGCAUCGGAGAAGAGCCUGGCCUGUGCAGCCAUGCUGAUGUAUGAUUACCCUCUGAAGACAGACAUGGAGACGUCCUUCUACCCUUCGGAGCCAUACGGAGUGAUUUUCUCCCAUCCCACCCACCUCUACCACCCAACGCACAUGCACGCCUUCACCCAGUCCCACACCCCCAGCAACCCCACACACACCCAGCUGGAGCCCGUGGACCUGUCCGUCAGCAAACGCUCCUCCUCCUCCUCCUCUUCUUCCUCCUCCCCUCCCUGCUCCUCUGCCUCCUCCCCGGCCUCCUCACGCAGCUCCCCGCCCUCCCCCUACAGCUCGGCGAGCCGCGCCUCCCCCCACUGCUCCCCUCCACACUCCCAGCUGCACUCCCCCUCCCACGCCCUUCCGCCCCCCACUCCCUCGCUUCCUUACCCCGCCGUGGUGGGUCCUCUGAUCAGCUCGGGCUCUGGGGUCAUCCAGGGGUCAUCGGUCAUGGUGUCUCCGGUCAUGGUGCCUCUGUCCGUGCUCUACCCGUCGCCCCUCCACCUGCACCAGUCGAUAAUGGUGAGCCCACCUGUCGCCAGCGAAGACGACCAUCAUCGAAGCAGAGAGCACAAGACAGGUCACUCCACCAAGCCCAUGGAGCUGCGAGGCGAUGCCCACGACCUGCACAAGCCAAUCAAAACAGAGCCCCGCCCCGAGCUCGCUAAUGACCUCCACAGCAGCCACGAGAUGAAGUCAUCAGUCAUCAGGAUACCACAAGAAUACGGGGGUCACAACCCAUCAGUAAUAGUUCAUUCGGGCACACAGCAUCCUCUCCCUGCCGAAUCUCCCGACACACUGAAAAAACGGCGAAUUCAUCGCUGCGACUUCUCCGGCUGCAACAAGGUGUACACCAAGAGCUCCCACCUCAAGGCACACCGCAGGACACACACCGGUGAGAAACCCUACAAGUGCUUGUGGGAAGGCUGCACGUGGAAGUUUGCCCGUUCGGACGAGCUGACAAGACACUUCCGCAAGCACACGGGAGUCAAACCGUUCCAGUGCCCUGACUGUGAACGCAGCUUCUCCCGCUCUGAUCACCUGGCUUUGCACAAGAAACGCCACCUCCUGGUGUGAAACUCUCCAUCGAGCAACUUGAAAGAAACUCGGUGCUGGUUUCAACAUUGGACUGUACCACUUUGACUUGAGAAGGGGGUGGGGGGGUGGGGGAGCUCUUAACGAGCUUGCCGUACACAUUGGACUCCAACAUCAAAUGGGGGAAAGGUUCCUCAGGGUGCAAGUGUAGAUCCUUUCGUCUCAUUAGCCUGAAUAUGAGCUGGUGUCAGCCUACUAAUCAUCCAACCCUCACACCAUCGCUCAGUUUUUGCAGAUUUAUCAUCAUCUUAUUUUGAGGUUACAAUAGAAUCAAGGUUGUUGCACCAGACCUCUGAUCAGCUGUGGAAGGUCCAGACACUUUUUUUUUUUAAAAGAGGUUGCAGCAUCUCAGCUGGCCUGAGAGCAGCGUCCUCUUGUGGCUGCAUCAACACCCGCACAGUUUAAGCCACAGACUCUGCACACGGCAUGCUCAAGUUUCUUUUUUUGCAACCUCAGCUCUCAUUUCUCUGCAUGCAUUCAAGUAAAGAUCGUGGACUUAAACACACACACACACACAUACACACACACACACACACUAGCUUUGCUAGCUAGGCCAAUAUAAUGUGAAACUUUCCAGAAUGUAUCAUAUCCCACCUACUGUGCAUCGUGUCAUAGUGUACUUCAGCUUUCUUUCUUCAGCGCAGCUUUCUUCAGUGACAGCUACCUGUGACAAUGCUAAUGCUAACCCCCGAUUUACAUUAAAACACCACACACCUCAUCUGCCUCUACUAGCUUACAUCAUGAAGUGACUUUAACAAAACACAACAGGUAGCUAAAGCUUGCAUUUCUCUUGUACAUGCAUGCACACUGCAGAAAAUAUGCACUUAAUGAAAGCAGCUCAGCCUCAGUCUGGUGUGCUUUUGGUAUUUGGGUUGAAAAUAAAGGGGGACUCUUGUUUGUUGUCAGAGUGAAGUUUUUUGCGUGUUUUCAUUCAGAAAUGUGAACGUUGCUGCACAGGGGCAUUAUUAUGUUAGUGAGGAAAAGACACCACUCGGUUGGUUUAAGGGUAGAAGCAAUUAAAUGUCUUAUGGCUUAUAUCACGUUGAUGUAUCUGUAUGAACUGUUGUUUGGUUUGUGGUGUGAUACCGUGGUAGCUUUUUUUAUUGACACUUUUAUAUGGGAAAAAUAUAAAGUGCAAAGCAGGGAAAUUUGCCUUUCAACUUUUUAUUUUUUUUUUAGAUGCAUGUGAGUUUUAUUCCAGCCCUCCAUACAUGAUUUGUAAUUUGAAAGAAAAUGUCAUUUAAUUCAGCAGUUUCCUUAAUCACAAGUCAUCCUGCAACUAUCAUUUUAUUAAAAUGCCUUCACGAUUUUAGAGCACAACUUUCUGUUUUUACAGCUUCUUGAGAACAAAAUAGUUUUCUUUUUCGCGUCUUUGUACAUGUCUUCAAUGUGCACUUUAUAUAUAGAUACAUAUAUAUAAAAGUUUCCCAAAGGUUUUUUUAAUCACCAGUUUUUUCUGUUCAUGUACCUGCUGGUCAGUUUGAUCCAAAACGUUUGACAGGUGUCUUGGUUUGUCAUAUAAUGCCAGGAAAAAGUGUGACCCUUUCUUUUAUUCACAUGUGCACACACAUACACACAUUCACCGAAUGUAGUGGCUCAUCUGAUCUGCAUUUGUCCCCGGAUAUUCUUUGCUUGUAAAUGUUUUUUAUAUCUCUGCAAAUAUAAGUUGUAAUAUAUAUGUUUUAUAAUUGAUUAUUAGACUGAAAGGGCAAUUAAAGGUUUUUAUUAAGCAUGAUUUUGAUACUCAUAAUAAUGGAUAUUAUACAUUUCUAUGAUGUGCCUAUAAUAAAUCCUGUCUCUUUUUAAUCUAAAUGUUGGCAAUUCAAAGGGAACAUGUUAAACUGUGAACAUAUAACUGUACAGGUCUAUCUGCAGUUUUGCAUUUAUUUUAAAACAGAAUAUUCAUACCACUUAAUAAACCUAUUGAUAAUAUUUGCA